GUCCGCAGUCUCCGGUCAUCUCCCGUACCGGGUCCGCAGUCUCCGGUCAUCUCCCGUACCGGGUCCGCAGUCUCCGGUCAUCUCCCGUACCCUGUCCGCAGUCUCCGGUCAUCUCCCGUACCCUGUCCGCAGUCUCCGGUCAUCUCCCGUACCCUGUCCGCAGUCUCCGGUCAUCUCCCGUACCCUGUCCGCAGUCUCCGGUCAUCUCCCGUACCCUGUCCGCAGUCUCCGGUCAUCUCCCGUACCCUGUCCGCAGUCUCCGGUCAUCUCCCGUACUCUGUCCGCAGUCUCCGGUCAUCUCCCGUACUCUGUCCGCAGUCUCUGGUCAUCUCCUGUAGUACGUCCGCAAUCCCUGGUCAUCUCCUGAACUAUAUAUGUAGACUAGCAGUUCAU